CUGCCCGGUUGUGUCCGGGUAAGAUGGCGUUGGAAGAGCAGUGCUCGGCACCACCUCGAUGGCGGUCCAUAUCUCUGACACACGUAGAGUUCCCGGAGGAUGAUCUGACGGGACAAGUGCUGGCCUACAUCAGUCUCCUGCCCAUAGCAAUCCUCGUGGGUUUUGUCACACUCAUAGUGUUUAAACGGGAGCUGCACACGAUUUCCUUCUUUGGUGGGCUCAUCCUGAAUGAAGGGGUGAACUGGCUGCUGAAGCACAUUCUCAGAGAGCCGCGCCCAUGUGCAGGAGCUCACACAACCCUAAACACAGAGUAUGGGAUGCCCUCCAGUCAUUCCCAGCUUAUGUGGUUCUUUGUUGUUUACUUCUUUCUUUUCCUUUAUUUAAGAAUGCAUCAAACGAACAAUGCUCGAUGUGUGGACCUGCUGUGGAGACACAUACUGUCCAUCAUCCUGUUGGGCAUGGCCUUAUCAGUCUCAUACAGCAGGGUCUACCUGUUGUAUCACACCUGGAGCCAGGUUUUCUAUGGCGGAGUGGCCGGUUGUAUAAUUGGCAUAGUCUGGUUCUUUUUCACACAAGAGGUGCUGACACCAUUAUUCCCCAAAAUAGCAGCGUGGCCAAUAUCAGAGUACUUCCUGGUGCGAGAUACAAGCCUGAUCCCCAACAUCUUAUGGUUUGAGUAUACAGUGACCAGAUCAGAGGCAAGGAACAGACAACGAAAGCUUGGAACAAAACUUCAGUGAUCUCCACAGUUCUUCUGUGAAACUGAGUUUAGAACCACACUCACACACGCACACACUCUCUCAUAUACACACACAAACAAAAUGCUCACUCGACAAAAACACACUGGAGAACCAAUCUUUUGGACUGACGUGGUUGCAAGGAGUAAAGGGCAAAAAUCGUUUACAGGUGGCGAAAGAGUGCCUGGACCUGGCCCGGAGCCUACAGCCUGAGCAAGUCCGUCCACACGCCUCUCCUUCUUGUACAGCUUGCUCAAAAUGCUCUUCAAUGCAUGCAAGACUGUGCAAGAGGCAUACUAUUUAAUGAUAGAUUAAUAUAUAUAUUUUAACUAUAAACGCACGCUGACAGUAACAGUGUACUGUAAGAGAUUCGAGGAGCCUAAAAAAGGAGGCUUUGGUCAAGUUUCAAACACAUUGGUGGGCGUCAUUGCAGCAUGUAUUUAGUGAUUCCUUUUUUAAAUAUUCGGACGGAUAGCUGGUGGGAACAGGUGGGGAGGGGGGUUGGUUAUGGCUAGGUUGGGGGUAUGUGGAAUUAACCAUUUUUCAUUGUUAUAUAAUAGAAAAUAAACAAUUUCUAAAAUUGG